AUGGCAGGUUUGGUUUCUAUGGACUCUGUGCCUGAGGCGCUCCUCAUGGUCGCAGAGAAGACUCUGAAUUCUGAUCCUCUAUUUCUGGGGCUCUCAGGCCAGCAGCUAUCCCGCAUUGCCCGCGAGGUGUACGCACACCUUAAAAAGAAUGGAAAAGACGCACUCGCGCAGCAGGCACAAGUCCUCACCGACCCACAAGCUGUUGCAAAGGCACUGCAGCAGCUCCAGAAACCACAGAAUCAAGAGCAGCAACAGCACCAACAGACGACCCCCGGCGCUAGCACUACCUGCCCCUGCUGCAUACAGCGAGCUGCGCACCUGGGAGCCACCCCAGUUGUGGCCCCCCAGCCGCAGAUCGUCCCCGUUGUGCUGCAGCAGCAGCCACAAUGGCCUCUGCAGCUGCCUCCGCAGCAGCAGGCUUGCGUCCCGCAGCUGAGCCCACCACAGCCGCAGCAGCACGGCCAGACACCUGAGAGCCACGCCCACCUUACUGUGAGUCCUAUAGAGCAACAACAACUGCAGCAGCAGCCGCAGCAGCAGCCGCAGCAGCAGCAGCAACAGACUUCUCAGUGCACAUCGACUAGAGGGUGCGUGGCUCGUCUGCUCUUCGCCAUAGUGGCCGCGAAACUAGCUCGCGACGCCCUUCAGCGCCUGCAACAGACACGCAGCAGCAACAGCAGCAGCAGCAGGCGCGCAACUGAUGCUGAUUCUGCUCCAUCUGGCAUGGGCUCUGUCUCAGUUGAGAGUCUCAGCUCUGCCUUGAGGCCAGAGAAGGGCUUGUUUGCAGGGCUGCAGAAAGACUUGCUGCUGUCGCUGCAGCGGGUCGUAGCAGCAGCUGUGGACGGAAUCAAUGCAGCGAUGGAAGCAACAGGCAUUUCUUCGGGAGUACCCAAGAAAAACGCCCAAGCGGGCCCCUUUGGCGGACCAAUACCUGAAUUGCCACCUCUAUACUCUUCGAAGGCUGAGCAGGGUCGCAAGCAGCUGACUGUUCACGAGAAGUACGCUGGCGAGUUAAUUCAGAAGCUCAUAGACAUGAAAGACGGAAGACCGGUAGAGUCAAUAAGCCUUGAUGGUGGAGCCGUCACGCCAGGACUGCAGCAGCAGCCACAGCAAAAGCAGCAGCAGCGGCAACAGCAACGGCAACAACAGCAGCAGCGGGCUAGAGUAGCUGAACGACACAGUGAGCAGCGGCAGGUGCAGAAGGAGCCGUCAAAGCAGCAGCAAGUUGUGAGCGGAGCGACACAACCGAAAAGUGAAGAGCAGACGCUCGAUGCGGAGUUCAAGGCUUUCGUGAAAGCGGCUGAAAAUUACAAGGGCCCCAACCCGCUUUCUGUGGAGGAGCAGUUGCGGUUUUACGGUCUAUUUAAGAGAGCCACAGCUGGCCCAUGCACGGCCAAGCAACCAUCCCGCUUCAACAUCAGAGAAUACAAGAAAUGGGAGGCCUGGAAGGCCUGCGACAAGCUCUCUGCCUUGGAGGCAAAGAGGGAGUACGUGCAGCGAGCGCGCGAGCUGAAGAAGACAUAUUCUCGACUAUAA